AUGAGGUUUCCCAGGCUGUCUUUUCCCCUGCUGCUCCUUGGCUGCUGCCUUCUUGGGGCAUCAGCAGCCAGGAAGAACAAGGAUAGCACACGGGGAGCGGCGGAGCCGGUCUCUGGCCCCGCGGGGGGCUCCUCGGGUCGUUUCUCCAAUCCCGACCAACAUGCAUGUAGCUGGCAGAUCCUGCUGCCGGCCCCCAGAGACCCCUCCGCUGCGGGCGCCGGGGGAGAGGAAGCGGGGAGCGAGCUUGCGGUGAGCUGCCAGAGCCCAGACGGGUCGCGAUACCAGUGUGCCUACCGCGGGGAGCCACAGCGCUGCGCCGCGUACAACGCUCGUGGCCCCCAAUACUGGAAGCAGGUGGUGGGGAAGCUGCGGAAGAAGAAGCGGCCCUGCCACGACCCAGCUCCACUCAAAGCUCGACUUUGUGGCGGCAAGAAGGGACAAGGGGCUGAGCUCCACCUGGUGCUCCGGCCAGCUGACGCCGCAAGCUCUGGAGCCAGCUCAGCCGCCACUACGCUCCCAGGCGAAGGCAAGGGCAAGGGCAAAAGCCGCUCCAGGGGCCAGAAUCGUGUCCGGGAUUCCGGUCCCGGAGCCGAGGAAGGACCGAACCUUCCUCGGGCUCCGCCGCCGUCAGGUAUCCCGGCUCUGGGCGGCGUGGCCAAAGAGAAGGGCCUGGGGAAGAAGGGCAAGCGCAAAGAGACCCCGCCAUCAGACGAGGAGCGACCCAUGGAUUCUGGGCCAGCCCCGGGAGGACCGCCAGAGUUUAACGAAGAGCUGACCGAAACCUAUUGCGCGGAAAAGUGGCACUCGUUGUGCAAUUUCUUCGUCAACUUCUGGAAUGGCUGA